UUUCAACAAAUUCUAAUUUAUCUGCAAUCUGAAAACCCUAGCUGCUUUUCAUCAUUUUCCCCUUUAAUCAAAGAAGAGCAAGCAUAGCGUUGAGACAGAAAGCCCAAACGCUCCGCCGAAAAAUGGCAUCCUCCGCCGCUGCCAGGGUUACGGUAUUCACCUCAACUCCUGAUUACUGCUCUCGUAAGGCUCACAGAGCCUUCCACCAUGUGGGCCCUGUUCCGAACAUUUCCGCCCUUUUCAGGAGUCGAGGCACCAGUGGCAUCGUCAUCUCCACACGUUCUUCAUCCUCACUUCUGACUGCUGCAAUGACCACGGAGGCUUCUGCAAAGGUCAUUGAUGGAAAAUCAGUUGCCAAAGAAAUUAGAGAUGAAAUAGAUGUUGAAAUAUCAAGGAUGAAAGACUCUAUAGGUGUUGUUCCUGGAUUGGCAGUCAUUCUUGUUGGGGAUAGGAAGGAUUCUGCAACUUAUGUUCGCAACAAGAAGAAAUCAUGUGAAUCUGUUGGGAUCAAUUCAUAUGAAGUGCGUUUGCCUGAAGAUUCUUCUGAACAAGAAGUGCUUGAGCAUAUCUCACGCUUCAAUGAUGAUCCAUCUGUACAUGGCAUCCUUGUCCAGUUACCUCUUCCUUCUCAUAUGAAUGAACAGAAUGUCUUAAAUGCUGUUUGUAUUGAAAAAGAUGUCGAUGGAUUCCACCCACUGAAUAUUGGUCGUCUGGCCAUGAGAGAUAGAGAACCAUUAUUUGUUCCGUGUACACCAAAAGGAUGCAUAGAGUUGUUGCACAGAUAUGGUGUUGAUAUCAAGGGACAGAGGGCUGUUGUUAUUGGCAGGAGUAACAUCGUUGGAAUGCCUGCUGCCCUGCUGUUGCAAAGGGAAGAUGCUACAGUCAGUAUUGUCCAUUCAAGAACAAAGAAUCCUGAGAAGAUCACGAGAGAAGCAGAUAUCAUUAUUUCAGCAGUUGGCCAGCCAAACAUGGUGAAGGGUAGCUGGAUCAAGCCCGGCUCUGUAGUUAUUGAUGUUGGUAUUAAUCCUGUCGAGGAUGCUAAAAGCCCUCGAGGCUAUCGACUAGUUGGAGAUGUUUGUUAUGAGGAAGCAAGCAAGAUUGCUUCAGCCAUCACCCCUGUUCCCGGAGGAGUGGGGCCCAUGACAAUAGCCAUGCUUCUUUCAAAUACUCUGAUCUCAGCAAAGAGGAUUAACAAUUUCAAGUAGAUCUCUUCAACCUAAUAAGCCUGCCUAAGGAUAAAUAAUAUUAUGAUUAAACCUAAUUGACAUGCUGUUAAGCUUCACCUGUUUCCUCUGUUGAAAAUGAGGAGCGUCUUUAUAAGAGACUCAAGCGUCCAAGUUGGUUGGAUUUUCGGCACGAUAAAUGGUUUUGACUAGUGAUGGUUGUGAGAUGGACCUAUUGAGAAUCUGCAUAGGAAGCUUUGUGCUCUCACAGUAAUAGUAUACUGUUAGCCCAAUAUUUGCAGGCAUCGAACAUUCAUUUUUAUUUAUUUAUUUAUUGUGGUGUAAAUAUUGAGGCUUAGUGUUCACAUCCUUUAUAUUAAUUAUGUUUAGAGAUUUCACAUUAUUCGGGAAAAAAUUGGAUAAACUGUUGGCACUGAUUCUACAUUUUGAGAAAGAAGCUCGACAUCUACAUGAGAGAAGCAGUAGACCUCUUUCAGGUAUUCAUUACGUAUUCUAUGUAGAGUUGACAAUAAUCUCACAUUGGCACGAGCAUUGGAAAUCGCAUGAAAAUGUUAAGGUCAAGUUUAUGAAGAGGAAUAAUCAAAGUUCUUAUA